AUGUCCGAGAUCUUCGGACUGAGCAAUUCUUCUGAAGAUUCCUCGUCUCACGCAAGUCCAUCCAACGAGAGGGGGCGUGGUGAUGGUGUUGAUGACCCUGUGCAUCACCACGAGAGGAUAAACUCGAGGGAUCGAGCUGCCACUGGUGUCAGUGUUCAUGCUGACACCAAUCAAGAGGGCAGGGACCGAAAUGUCCUGCGCCAAUCUCCUCAAGUGGAGUCUCCUUGGAUGCCUUCAUCCAAAGAGUUAGAUCGAGUGGCCGGUAUGACCACCGAAAAGGAUCGAAUCCCAUUAAUCGAUUGUAGGAGGAUUUGCCCUCCUAACUCCAGCACGGAAACUAUCCGUGCUGAGGAAAAGUUCUCCACCGAUAUGUUUUUCAAGCAUCUGUGGCACAACGGCAACCGUGGUCGAGACGGUAAGGCCUUGCUGCAAGGAUGGGAUGCCUUCAUCCAUAACAUCGAGUGCAUUGGCCGUGAGGCCUGGCUUGGCAAACUUGAUGCAGCUCUCAUCUGGUUUGAGAAGCGUAACCCAGUCGGUGUACGAUACAAGUUGCACCGACAGUCGAGAGAGGCAGGAUUACCCUGUCUCUCGUGGGGUUAUUCGUGUCCAGGUUGCCUGGACAACUCGAACCCGCGCCCCUAG